AUGGAUCUCGAACACCGCAUCAAAGCCUAUCGCUUCGUCGCUUAUUCGGCCGUCACCUUCUCGGUUGUCGCCGUCCUCUCGGUUUGCGUCACCUUGCCAAUGGUGUACAACUACGUGCACCAUGUCAAGCGCACCAUGCACUCCGAGAUCAACUUCUGCAAGGGAUCCGCCAAGGAUAUCUGGAGCGAGGUCAACCACUUGAAGAACCUUCCAUCUGGAAACCGUACCGCCCGUCAAGCUGGAUAUGGAGGAGACGCCGGAGUUAACGGUGGAUCGGCCAGCGCCGGAGGAUGUGACGCUUGCUGCUUGCCAGGAGCCGCUGGACCAGCCGGAACCCCAGGAAAGCCAGGACGCCCAGGAAAGCCAGGAGCUCCAGGACUCCCAGGAAACCCAGGACGCCCACCACAGCAGCCAUGCGAGCCAAUCACCCCACCACCAUGCAAGCCAUGCCCGGCUGGACCACCAGGACCACCAGGACCACCAGGACCAGCCGGAGACGCCGGAGCCAACGGAAACCCAGGAGCCCCAGGACAAGACGGAGCCCCAGGACAGCCAGGAAACAAGGGACCAUCUGGACCAAACGGAAACCCAGGAGCCCCAGGAGCCCCAGGACAGCCAGGACAAGAUGCUCCAUCUGAGCCAAUCGUUCCAGGACCACCAGGACCACAGGGACCAGCUGGACCACAAGGACCACCAGGACAGCCAGGAGCCCCAGGACAGGACGGACAGCCAGGAGCCCCAGGACCAAAGGGACCAAACGGAAACCCAGGACAGCCAGGAGCCGACGGAAACCCAGGAGCCCCAGGACAGGCCGGACAGCCAGGAAGCGCCGGAGAGAAGGGAAUCUGCCCCAAGUACUGCGCCAUCGACGGAGGAGUCUUCUUCGAGGACGGAACCCGCCGUUAA